GGUGACAACUUAGCUUGAAUAAACACGAGGACUAGACAUCGACGCUUUAUUUCAUUUUCAUCAUAUGAAUUGUAUUCUGCAGGUCACCCCUUCCAUACAAAAGCAGCUAUAAUAUGGACCACCUGCCGCUCCCUGAGGGCGCGAAACAUUUCAUUGUCGCUCCUUACGAAGCUCCAGAGAAGGAAUGGUACGAUGGUCUAGGGUUUCUGGACUUCCCUGAGCGAAGAGGCUGGAGUGAAAAGCAACUCCUUGAUGCGAACAAUGCUGGAGUCGAUGCUCAAGGGCUUCUUAAGAGGAGUGAUCCUUUAAAAAUCGAACAAUUCUUUCAAACUUGGCUCUUUUUUGGCCUUGUCAUCGAUGUAUUGGCCAUCGGCGGCAUCACUGUGACAACAGAAGACUUUCUCAAACCGAAAGGCCUUCAGAAGGCACGCAUAGUUGAUACCACAAAACUUCCAGCCCUGCUUACGCAGUGGAGAAAGACUAUUGAGGAAGCCGAAAAACCCUUAGUGUUUAAAAUUUUUACGACAUGGGACAAACUUAAUGAGAAAUUCGAAAGAGCCAAGGCCAUUUUGAAUCAUUUUUGUGUUACGGGGGACGAUAUUUCAAUAUCGUGUCAAAAUAACCAUUGGCCCGUGAGGGACGAAAUUUCGACAACGAUGAUCGCACUAGCUUUCUCCCUAAGAAAAGUGGCUAUAACAGCGUGCAACGAAAGAGUUGAUCAGGCCAGAGCAUGGCCUGGCGCUAGAUCAAAAAUUCUUACGAAACGUUUAGAGUAUAAAUGGUGUCUCGCCGACGUUAAUACAGCUUUGAAAGAACUCUCUGUUGACGGCCAUUACUAUGUUGCAUCGUCGCCAAGUCCUGGGGUUGAUUAUCUAGAUCAUCAUCAUAAUUGCCUUCCUCAGCGCUGUCUCAAUCUUGUCGACGAGGAUCUCUAUCUCACGUGUCACGCGGGGCCUCCGUGGCACAAGCAGCAUUGCAAAACUGAAAUCGAGUAUGGAGGACAUCUAGGUGAUGACAUGACGAGCAAAAAUUGGGUCGAUGCUGUUUGUAGAGUUAUUGACAAAGGAGCAUUGCCAGUUGCUCUCUGGAAGAAGGACGACCGACAACUUUGGUCCUCAGAAUAUCAUCUUUCCCAACAGCAAAAUAUUCCAUAUAUAGCGAUUUCACAUGUGUGGGCGGACGGGAUGGGAAACCCUGAUGAUAAUUGGCUACCAGAAUGUCAACUUGACCGUAUCACGCACUACAUUGAGAAUAUUCGCUGGAAAUCCAAAGAGCCUACUUCAGACGAAAAAAGCCCCGAAUUGGUGUGCUUUUGGAUGGACACUUUGUGUAUUCCAGUCCAAGCUGAAAACAAAGCACGUCGGAAGCAAGCCAUAGCUAGUAUGCGUCACAUAUAUACCAAUGCACGUGGUGUGCUAGUCUUAGACUCUUGGUUGCAGCAAAUUCCAUCAACUUCCCCAAUGCUGACAAUUAUCACUCGCUUAUACCAGUCAAACUGGCUAAAGCGUUUAUGGACUCAUCAGGAAGGGUUUCUGCCUUCCGCUGUUUAUAUACAAUUCAGUGAUCAAGCUAUUGAGCUAGACGACCUAAGCAACAUGUUUCAUGAAUACAAUGAACUGUUGAUUAGCAGAGGGCUUCAUUUGGGAUUUCCACAAAAAAUGUACCAAAAGCUACUUCAGGAGUACACUUUGUUCAAAAGAUUGUUUGAAUCCACCGGAAGAAGUGAGGAGAAUAGAUGGACUACCUAUCUGGCUUUAGCAGCUUCGAUGUCUUACCGGCAAACCUCGAGACUUGCCGACGAAACUAUUUGCUUAGCAACUCUUCUAAGUAUAGAUCUCGAUGAGCUUCUAGCUAUUCCGGACAAGCCAGAUGCAGAGGCCGCUAAACAACGUAUGAUCAUUUUCUUACGGGCGAUGAAAAAGUUUGAGACAACUUUGAUUUUCAAUAAUUAUGAACGUCUUAACGUUCUUGGGUUUCAAUGGGCUCCGAAGUCCUUGCUGAAUUUUCGAACCGCUGAUGCAGGUAGGGGUGAGGGGCUAGGGACAGGCAUUCUCCAGGAGAUGAAUGGGGAACUGGGCCUUCUAGUCCGCUUUUCUGGAUUUGUGAUUAAUUUUUCCGAAUUGGGGACGUCAUUGAGACUGUUAAAUCGUCCCUUCACGAUUAAAUGCCGUGGUUCUCUAUAUACUGACGGGAAAUGGUUUGUUAUUCACCUACCAUACAAUGGUUUUCAUUGGCCUGUUUCCGAUGAAUACGCAAUAAUUUUGUCCACAAUACCGAAAGUAGGGGAGACUUUUCAAGCCAUUGUUGGCCCACAUCAUACAGAAGUCGUGGAUGACGUACACGUUUUUGAGCAUCAGUCGCUCGUAACAGUUGAGGUCCGCGACGAUCUACCACCAGAGUUUGAUGAAUUAGAAAUAUCAUUCCUAAACAGGGCAACCCAAUGGUUGAUAAGGUGAUGCAAACUGGGGAGAGACAGGAUCAGCAAUACCGAGAUCUUUUUGAUCCAUUGUAAGGCAAAUAGCAUAGAUGCUGUUUAUCUGUUAUCUCCAGUUCAGGUACUCGAGAAACUUUUGGCUGUCAUAUUUUUCUUCGAGUCCAGGAAUCUCCCUGAUCGUAAC